GAGAGCGGAAUGGCAACUGUGCGGGAGAAAGCGAUCGCCCUGGAUCUGUGUGCGACUUACAGCCCCUCGCAGCGACCCCCGGGUCCAAACGGAAGCCAUAGACCAUUCCGAGCAACGUAUAUCUGGAGCAGCAUCAUUCAAGUGCUUUACACGCAGGUGGAAGUGAAGAAGAGGCGCCACCACUUGAAGUACCACCAUGACUGUUUCAUCGGCUCUGAGGCUGUGGACGUUGUGUUUGCUCACCUGGUGCAGCACAAGUACUUUGGGGAUAUGGAUAUCCCUCGCUCCAAGGUGGUGCGCGUGUGCCAGGCCCUCAUGGACUGCAAAGUGUUUGAGCCCAUCGUGACAGCCUGCAUGUUUGGGAGGGAGAAGAAGAGGACUGUGUUUGAGGACAGUAGCUGUAGCCUAUACCGGUUUUUAAACUCUUCAAACCUUCUUGGCGUCCAGGUGGAGAAAAGUAAUGGACGUUGUACGCCUCAAAGACCCAAGCACUCGAGCUUCCAAUCUGCAUCACUACAGUCUCCAAGCCUGGAAGAUCUCUGGGAUAACCUCAGUCUGACACCUGCAGACCCAACACACAUAAACCUCACGUCCAACCUACCUCCCAAAGUCGUUGCUGAAGUUUGGCAAGAACAGACCAUACGCCGACUUCUGCAGCUUGUAGAUCUACCUCUGCUCGAUUCCUUGUUGGAAUACACUCCAGUCGCUCCCAGAAUCCCAAAUGUGAAGGAAGAAGAUCACAACCUCACUAGUAACUACCUGGACCGGGAGAUCCUCAAAGCCUUCAGUGAUGCUCAGGCAGACGAGUGGGUCUCAGCUGCUGUGGACUGCUUGGAUUUUCUGCCUGACCACAUGGUGGUAGACGUGAGCCGGAACUUGCCAGAGCAGCAGGCGCCGGACAGUAAAUGGAAGCUACUGCUGUUUGAUACCAUCGGCAAACACUACAGCCAAAACAGGGCCCCUCUGCUACGAAACCAGUUAUUUGAUAUCCAUACUGGGAUCGCCGAGCUUCUUGUGAAUGGAAAGACUGAACCAGCUCUGGAGGCGACGCAGCUCUGCCUGAAGCUCUUGGAUUCCCCGAGCCGCGAGGAAUUCCGACGCCUCUUGUAUUUUAUGGCUCUUGCCGCAGACCCUUCGGAGUUCCGGCUGAAUGAAGAGACUGACAACAGGAUGACGGUGAAAAGAAUGUUCUGUAGAGCCAUUGUCAACAAUAAGAGUCUGUCCAAGGGCAAGUGUGACCUGCUGGUAUUGUUCAUUCUGGACCAUCACAAGGAUGUGUUUAAAAUCCCAGGCUCCCUGCACAAAAUGGUCAGCGACAAACUGGUUGCCAUUCAGCAAGGAACUGAUCCAGACAGAGACACCGGUUAUACUUUUUGCCAGCGAGUGGACAAAAGGGAAUUUGAUUCGGCCGCGCAGAACAACACCCGGACAGAACUCUGCGCUUUGCUGAAGACCAUUUAUGAGAACAACAGUCUCUCCCCCAAAGAGAAGAAGCGGCUCCUGGGCCAGUUCUACAAGAGCCACCCAGAGACUUUUAUCCAGUACUUUGGCGACCGCGUGAGCAGCGUAUACACGUAGCGGCCUCUAUCUAUACAAAUUACUGUGUCUUUUUGUAAAUAGGAAGCUGUUAAUAUAUUGAAUAACUAAUUUUUGGUUUUUUUGCACAUUAAUAAACUUUUACAAAUAUUUCUUAAUUUA